AUUUGUAAUUUUUCAUACGUUUUAUUGAUAUUUGUACCACAGUUGCCUUUAAUGUGCGGGCCGAAAAGUAAAUUAAUUAAUUCGGUCCAAAACAGACCCAUUAUAAAAUGGUUGUUGCAUCAAACUACUAAAAUGUGUGAACUUCAAAGGAUUUGUUAUGGAAAACCAUCUGGAGCAGAAAGAACUCUAGCUGUGGAGGAAUCUCUUAAGCUAUCCAGAAAUCCAAAUAUUAAAACUCUUGUGGCACACUUGAAUGAUUUAGCUGAUCACCAUGAAAUUACUCCUAAAGCAGAACCUAUAAUCUUAGAAGAAGCUAUUAUAACAGUGUUGGUGACUAAGAAAAUAAAUCCAAUAGCAAAUCCCGAUUUUGCUAACUCAUUUGGCAAAUGUGUAGAAUUAAUUUGGGGUUACAGACAACUGUGCAUGGAAUGUGAAGAGCUUAGAAAAACGCCUUAUGAUGCAGAGAAUCCAGAGCAUGAACUAUUGUUGUUACAUUUGUGGAAUUCUUUAAUGCCUUAUGAGCCACUAGAUGCUAGAGUUACAAAACAAUGGCAAGAAAUUGGUUUUCAAGGAGAUGAUCCAAAAACAGAUUUUCGUGGAAUGGGAAUUCUUGGAUUAGAGAAUUUGGUUUAUUUUUCCCAAGAAUAUCCCACUGCAGCAACACAUGUAUUAUCACAUUCCACUCAUCCACGUUAUGGAUAUGCAUUUGCUAUAGUUGGUAUAAAUUUAACAAGCAUGGCUCUACGAUUGUUGAAAGAUGGAGCUGCCAAGACUCAUAUUUAUAAUUCUUCAAGAACCUUGCCAACAAUUCGUGCCUUUCAUCAAUUUUAUUGUUAUCUCUUUUACAAAUUUGAUAGGUUUUGGAUAGAUUCAAAACCAAGCAAUAUGAUGGAAUUUUCAUCUAUACAAACAAAAUUUGAAAACAGUAUCAGACUGGCAUUAACCGACCCAUCUACAGUUUUCAGGAUAAAUAUAUCAGUUGAUAAUGUCUAAAACAGAUGCAAUAUAUUCUGUUGAUAAAACCAAAAAUAUCACACAGAGAAUAAAUGUAAUUUUAAACUUAUAAUGCACAAAACUAAUUUCUGUAAUAUAUGUUGCACUGAAUGUCUUGUGAAUGAAUAUAGCAACAUUAUUGUGAACUGUGGAGAAUGUUGCAGAAUAAUACAAGGGGCCUGAUGUAUUUCAUAUUAUAUUUUUACUUUAUUUUUCUACCAGCUUAUCAAUAAAAGUGAUAAAAGUGGUGCAUGUGAUAGCUAAUUAAUAUGGAUGCAUAGACAUUCAGAUAUAUUCCUUUCUCUAAUAUGGAUAAGUUACAGUACAUCUUACAUUCAAAUAAACGUAUCAUUUUUCAUUUGUGUUUAAUUAUCAAAUAUGCGAAUCUAGAUGCGAAGUAUAGUGGUGGCCGGUUAUACUAUUUGGUGACCGAACAUCGUGCAAUUUUCAGAAACCCAUUUCUUCGAAUAUACGACCAGUCACGGCCCCGAUUGUUGGUCAUAUAUCCGAACACCAUUGUACUUUAUUGUAUUACCUUUGUAA